AUGUCUACAGAAUUAAAAGAUACUAAUGGAACUAUCGCUAAACCAACAUUAGAUUCAACUCCUCAAUCAACCGAUGAAUCAAUUGAAAAAAUUCAACAAUCUAUAACUUCAACAAAACUUACUUCUGAUCAAUUAAAGAAAUUAAAAUCAUUAAUUGAUUCAAUACCUGAAAUUUUACAAAAAUUAGAUAAUCCAGAAUAUGAUGAAAUAUUUGGAUAUAGAAUAAAUACAAAUGAAAAACCACACGUAGAUUAUUCCAUAAGAAAUGAAAUUUUAUUAAAAUUUUUAAUAGCUGAUAAAUAUGAUUUGACAUUAACAAAAGAAAGAAUUAUAAAUUGUUUAAAUUGGAGAAAUGAAUUUCAACCAUUAAAUGCAGCAUUUGAAGAAAAAUUUGAUAUUGAAUUAAAUGAAUUAGGUUUAAUUACAGAUUUUAAAACCACCACCAAGUCAAAUUUAAAAAUUAUAACUUGGAAUUUAUAUGGAAAUGUUCGUAAUCCAAAACGAAUAUUUGAAAAAUUUGGAGAUAAUAAUAAUAGAAAUUUACCAGGUAGUCAGUUUUUAAGAUGGAGAAUUGGAUUAAUGGAAAAAUCUUUACAAUUAAUUGAAUUUACUGACCCAACCAACAACAAGAUUGGUCAAAUUCAUGAUUAUAAUAAUGUAUCAAUGUUUAAAAUUGAUCCAAAUAUGAAAAAAUCAACAAAAGAAAUUAUUGAAAUUUUUUCAUCGAAUUAUCCAGAAUUAUUAUCAACUAAAUUCUUUAUAAAUGUUCCUUUGAUUAUGGGUUGGGUUUUUACAUUUUUCAAAACUAUAAGAGUUAUAAAUGAAGAUACAUUAAAAAAAUUUCAAGUUUUAAAUAAUGGUGAUUUAACUUCUUAUUUACCUAAAUCGGAUUUACCUAAAUCAUAUGGUGGUGAUUUAAAAGAUAAAACAAUUUUUAAUUUAGAUAUUAGUGAUAAUAUUAAAUUAAGUGAAUAUGGUGAAAUUAUUUUGAAAAAUGUUGGAGAUUAUGAAAUUCAACAUAAUAAUGAUGAUGUAGAAUAA